UGGAAUUUAUAACUAACUCUGUUGGCAGCCUCUUCCAUUUCCAAAUGCAUCUUGCAACUAACUGCUCGUCUCAAUCUCUCUGGAUCAUUCCUUUCGGUUUUUCGGAGAUCAUAAUAGCAACAAAUCCGGCACCACAUGCCGCUCAGAAUUUCCCUUCUGGAGAUCUCUAAGUUUAUGUGAAAAGUACCAGAAGAACUCGAGAGCGAUGAACAAGUACUUUCCCGGCGACAGUUCGCAGUUAGGCAGGGGGAAUGGUGAUGGUGCAGGUGUUUGCGCCGGGGCUCCAGUUGCUGUCAAAACUCAUCUUGAGCCAAGGCACCUUCAUUUUCGUAUUAAUGGCGUAUCGCCAUGUUGUUGCCGCUCUCUGUGUUGCUCCGUUGGCUUUCUUCUUGGAGAGGGGUGGCUCAAAGAAGCUCAGCCGGUCCGGUUGGCUAUGGCUAUUCAUCGGUGCUAAAACAGGGUAUGUAUGCAUCGUUUGUUCUUACUUCCUCUUUCGACCAGACAAUACAAACGUGCUAGCGGCUUAAUGAGUUUUUUGAUUGAUAAUGUGAUUUAAUUAGUUAUUUCUAGUGAUGCGAUAUAGUGGGUUCCAAUUAGCAGAAAACUGUAUUUUAUGCUUUAACUAACAAGAUUUGUUAUUGUAUUGAAAGAAGAUUCGAUCAAACUUUGAUAGAAUCUGAAGAAGAUUUGAUGUUAUUGAAGAUGAAGGCAGGAAGCUUUAAGAAACUGUGACAGAGUAAAAUGAGAGAGAAGAAGAAAACCUAAAGUCAGAAAAUUAUAAAAUGAGGGAAAUUGUUUUACUACCGUGCACGAGCAGGUAUUUAUACAAGAAAAUUUAUCUUAUCCUUAUUUACAAAAUGACCCCUGUAUUUGCAAGUAAUUACAAUUAAACACUACUUAUAUUCAAUUAUAUUGAGAUCAUCACUUACAGUGCUCGACUCUCAUCAAAUCCAGCAAUUAGUUAAAUUAGCUUUUAAUGUAGUAACGAGGACUAGGGGGUGAAACUCAUUGAUUAGUUACAUAUAUACUUACAUAUAUACAUAAAUAAGAGAAAACUUACAGGGGGUGAAGAUAGUCGAAUAGUGAGUUAACAAGGUGCACCGCUUGCUUGGUGGACUGAACUACAAUAAGUAAAGUCUGCAAAGACACUUUCACUUGACAGGGCUCUCCUGUGCCUGUUACAACUCUUUACAAAUGCUGACUCUAUUCCAGGCUGACAACAGAGUGACAAUGGGAAUGGGAAUGUUCUAUUAUGGCCUCCGUGAUACCACAACAUCAUAUGCUCUCAACUUCAUCAACUUAAUCCCAGCCGUCACUUUUGUAUUUUCCAUCAUUGCUCGAAUGGAGAAAUUGAGGGUUCGUACCAGGGAGGGCAAAAUCAAGAUAUUGGGUGCAACACCGUGCGUCGCAGGGGCAUUGACUACUAGUCUUUAUGAGGGAAAAGGAUUUCAUAUUGGUCAUAAAAGUCUUCGCUAUUCUACUGCCAUGAAGACAUCUAAGGAUUACUGGUUCCGUGGCACCUUCAUCCUGACUGGAAGUUGCUUGUCCUAUGCUACUUGGUUCCUUGUCCAGGUUAAGUCGCUCCAGGUAUUUCCAUCAAAAUAUUGGGCAACAAUGUUGACGUGCAUAAUAGCCUCCCUGCAAGCCACCAUCAUAGGUUUAUGCGUAGACAGGCGUAAGGCUUCUUGGAGAUUAGGAUGGGAUCUUCAACUGGUUACCAUCAUUUACUCGGGAGCACUAGCUACAGCUGCAACCUACUGCUUAAUAACUUGGGCAGUAGCAAAGAGAGGCUCUUACAGACCCUCCAAUGUCCAACCCACUAGCUCAUGUUUUCGUCACAGUGGCGGCAGAUCUCAUUCUUGGGAAGAGGUAACCGCAGGAAGCUUGGUAGGCAUGUUUUUGAUAGUGGUUGGAUUGUACUCCUUUCUAUGGGGAGCAAGACAAGAUCAGUUCACAAGCUUGCCUCAACUAAAUGCAGAAACUGAAGCAGCAGCACCGGCAACAGCUUUUGAAUUUGUAGGAAUUCAGCCUAAGGCCAGAGUAAUACAAACAGUUCUGCCUGCCAAGAAUGCCAAUGACAUUGAAGAAGGUAGGUGUGCAUUACAGCAGACAGGCAAAUGGCACAAGACAAGAGAAGAGAGGGAAAACUGAGAAGCCAUGGAUUUUGAGAGCUGAGGUUUUACUAGGGCUUUACCUGUUCCCUAAUGAUUUCUCCAGAAAACUAAAAUAAACAACUGAUAAAACCUUGGAGUAUAAGAGAAGAAG